AUGCCCCUCGAUGACAUGGUGAUUUCGGCGACGGCCUUUGACGACUUACCACAGCAGUUUCUAGGAGCACUGCAGGCUGGAUCUGCCCACGAUGAGUGUGAUCACAAGCUUUCAACCCGUCUUCUUCAGUACCUCCUCGAGCUGAAGCGCGGGUGGACUCAUGCUUGCAGGCUUGGGUUUGUCACCCAGGAUAUUCACAACGCCGAUGAGAAACAGUACCACAUACUGCAGAAUUUUGUGGUUAAUGCAUGGAACAACAAGAUAGUCUCGCCCGAUGCAGCCUCGAAGAGCUGGAUUGCCUUUGUGCGGUGCAUUCGCAUCGACUUCUGGUCCGCUGAGCGCAAGAUUGUGCUCAUUGCACCAACACUCGAGGAAGACCUUACCAAUGACAUCGCCAGCUACAUGGCUUUUGUCCUGCGAGAGAGCGAACCCGACGAGUCCUUUCGAUCGACCAUCGCCGGCGUGGAAAACAGCAUCAUCGAGACAAACACCCUGAGGACUGUUCUUAAGUGCAGUGCCGUGCAUACUGACGCUGCGGUCGAUAAUGAAGACCGCGACGAGAGCGAGGUCUCCAGGACCGGGCUCCCCAGUGUUCUUGGUCCCCUGAUCUUCUUCUGCGCGGUGGCGCAAACAGCGGAAGAAUUUGUAUACCAGACUAGCAAGAUCGCGGAGCUCGUCAACAGCCAGCCGCUGCUGCAGGGUUUUCUGCACGCUCUCAUCGGGCCCCCUCAGGCGACCUCGUCUACUAUCACCGAUUACGAACGUGGUCCAGUGAGUGAGCGCAUCGAGUGUCGCGUUCUUCUGUACAACCGCGACGGUUUCCCGGAAUUCCUCCAUCGCGCCGACAGAGCGAAGACCCCAACCGACUGGAACGACGACGAGCAUCACAUGUGGUUGAAGACCACUCGCGGCCGCGAGCCCGUCACCGUCCCCUCGCACGGCUGGGGCAAAUUCGUCUACCACCUGGACUCCAUCCGCCUCUCCUAUGCCGAGGUGGCCAUCGGAGCCCGCCGUGCCCUCCCGAAUCUUCGGAUCGAGUCUUUCCUAGCGAAUGAGUGCUAUGGAGAGGAGACGGGCGCGUCUGCAGAGCGCGUGGCGAAGGACAUCGCAAUGCGCCUUGCUCUCGCUGUCACGCGCGUUGUGCCGCGGAUGCACUGGCACAGCACGUCGCCGGAGGAGAAGGGGAGAGCGAGGUACUGGAAUUCCGCGCUGCCAAUGUACAUGGAGCGCGGUUUCAUCCGCAGCGAUCUCUUCAUCGAUCUCUGA